ACAUUUUACUUAACUUGGUAUGACUCAUUAUAAGUAUCCUUCUUUAUUAAAGCCAGUGUUAAUAAAUAUUGUUCAAAUGAGCUAUUGCAUAGUUGGUAUGGUCCUAUGACCUACGAUUGAGCAGCCUGUAAGCGCAAUAAGCGAAGCUAAACAACGGCAUCAUGGUGAACUUCGCCGCGAUGGUGCGUGAGCACUGGGUGAAUGUCCUAGUCCCACUUGGCUUUGUCAUGGGCAUCUACCUGGACAGGUGGAACGAUCAGAAACUGACAGCAUUCAAGAACAAGAGCGCAUUGUACAGCAGGGAACUGAAGCCUGGUGAGGAAUACACCUGGAAGUGAAAUCCUCCUCCUCAUAUUUAUUGGACCUCCUGCUCUCUGAAUUUCCUCUCUGUUUAAUGCUCAAAGCUGUAAAUGAGUUUUCAAAUAAAAUUUGUGAUGUAAAAUAUA